AUGGCGGCGCCGGCGCCGAAGCAAGAGGAGCUGCAGCCGCACGCCGUCAGGGACCAGCUGCCCUCCGUCUCCUACUGCCUCACCAGCCCGCCCCCAUGGCGUACGCCCUUCCUUCCUUCCUUCCCCCCGUUACCUCCCAUCUCCUCCUCCGCCCCGUCUGUCCUCGCCGCCGCCGCCGCCGCUGCCUGCGCGCGUUGCUUCCUGGAUCUCUCUCUCGGGCUCGCGACUGACGCCGUCUCCCUUGUUUUCAAUGCAGCGGAGGCCGUCCUCCUCGGCUUCCAGCACUACCUCGUCAUGCUCGGCACCACCGUCAUCAUCCCCACCGCGCUCGUCCCCCAGAUGGGCGGCGGCAAUGAGGAGAAGGCGCGGGUGGUGCAGACGCUGCUGUUCGUGGCCGGGAUCAACACGCUGAUCCAGAGCUUCCUCGGCACGCGCCUCCCCGCCGUCAUGGGGGCCUCCUACACCUUCGUCGCGCCCACCAUCUCCAUCAUCCUCGCCGGCCGCUACAGCGGCAUUGCCGAUCCCCACGAGAAAUUCGUGCGCAUCAUGCGGGGCACGCAAGGCGCGCUCAUAGUGGCCUCCACCCUCCAAAUCAUCAUGGGCUUCAGUGGCCUUUGGCGCAUUGUCGUCAGGCUGCUGAGCCCGCUGUCUGCUGCUCCCUUGGUUGCCCUCGUCGGAUUCGGGCUCUAUGAACUGGGGUUUCCAAGUGUUGCCAAAUGUGUAGAGAUUGGUCUUCCACAGAUUUUACUGCUUGUGGCACUUUCUCAGUACAUACCACAUCUGGUCCCCUUGCUGAGUACUGCCUUUGAGCGGUUUGCUGUCAUAAUGUCCAUUGCCCUCAUCUGGCUUUAUGCCUUCUUCCUGACGGUUGGCGGUGCCUAUAAGAAUGCUGCUCCCAAAACCCAAUUCCACUGCCGCACUGAUCGAUCUGGGCUUGUUGGGGGCGCUCCAUGGAUAAGUGUACCUUAUCCAUUUCAGUGGGGAGCACCAACCUUUGAUGCUGGUGAAGCUUUUGCUAUGAUGGCAGCUUCUUUUGUUGCUCUUGUGGAGUCCACUGGUGCAUUCAUUGCCAUUUCACGGUAUGCCAGUGCAACACCAUGCCCUCCUUCCGUCAUGAGUCGUGGCAUUGGGUGGCAGGGAGUUGGCAUUUUGCUGGGUGGCUUAUUUGGAACAGCUAAUGGAACCUCUGUAUCUGUCGAAAAUGCUGGGCUGCUCGGUUUGACACGCGUUGGUAGUAGACGUGUUGUGCAGAUUUCUGCUGGAUUUAUGAUAUUCUUCUCGAUCCUUGGUAUGGCAGGUGUUGGGUUCCUACAGUUCUGCAACCUGAAUAGCUUCCAAACAAAAUUCAUCCUGGGAUUCUCUUUGUUUAUGGGUUUGUCCGUGCCACAAUAUUUCAAUGAAUACACUUCCGUCGCAGGCUUCGGUCCAGUACACACGCAUGCAAGAUGGACAUCAUGGUUCUGGCUCUACCUGCUACUUUGCACAGUGGAAUUUGAUAUUGUUGCAUUUGCAUUGCAUCGGUUUAAAGUUUAUAGACAUGGUUGUGACAUUGUUUUCUGGUGUUAUGUGCUUCUGAAAUCACCUUCUAGUUCGUUUUACUGCUCAUUUGGCACGCUGAAGAGCUGCAAACUAAGAGAUGCUUUUCCUUGUGCUCAUGUCCAGUUCAAUGAUAUGAUCAACGUGGUAUUCUCCUCCAAGGCGUUUGUUGCCGGGGCUGUGGCGUAUUUUCUGGACAACACCCUGCACAGGCGAGACGGCACCGUGAGGAAGGACCGGGGGCACCAUUUCUGGGACAGGUUCAGGUCCUUCAAGACUGACCCGCGCAGCGAGGAGUUCUACUCCCUCCCAUUCAACCUCAACAAGUUCUUCCCAUCCUUCUGA